AUUCUGACUUUCCAUUAUGUUUUAGGACUCUUUGGAGAAAACAGCACCAUGAAUGAGCCAUGUGGAAAUGGGAACAGUGGCGUCUGUAGUAACCAGGUUGGAAGUGUUCGUACCCGAACAUAUCCUUCGAUUAGCGCAAUGGAACGAGGAGGCGCUGGUAGUGGUAGUAACUCAUCGUCAGGGUUUCCUCGGAUGUCCCUACGAUCACUCUUGCUCAAUAGUCCCUUCUCUAUCCGUACCAGAUCUAAGAGAGUUCGAACACCAACCUCGUCAUACAAACUUACCAUAGAACCAGAGAACAAUACAGACUCUUCAGGUGUAUUUGUGGAAGGAACUGGUGAAUCGACUAAUUGGAGUUCCAUCAAACGGCACCACACUAGCGGCAGGAGUCUUGUUGGGAGCCGCAGAGGCUCUGUGGGAUCAAGAGGCACAUCUAGAGGAGACUCCUGCUCCUCUGAAGGGGGUGCAUGUGCCAGCAGUGGUAACAGCAGCAGUCAUGGCGAUGCCGUUGGAGUUGGUAGCAGCACUUGCAAUGCUGAUUGUGCAACAGGAGAAGGUGGUCGGCGAGAGUGCUCUCUGUGUCUACAAGAGGUUCCAGAUGACCUCUUUCCUUCGCUUAUAUCUUGCCCACACUCAGCAUGUCUUCCCUGUCUUAGACAGUACCUCAAAGUUGAGAUCACAGAGUCCAGAGUCAAUAUCAGUUGUCCUCAAUGUAAUGAGCUUAUGCACCCCACAGAUAUUCACAACAUUGUGGAUAAUGCUUUGCUAUCAUAUAAGUUCGAAGACUUUAUGCUGCGGAGAGUAUUAUCCAUGGACCCAGACACACGGUGGUGCCCUGCUCCAGAUUGUGGGUAUGCAGUAGUUGCUACUGGCUGUGCUGGAUGUCCUAAGCUGAAGUGUGAACGUCCUGGAUGUGGAAGUUAUUUCUGCUACCACUGCAAAGCAGAAUGGCAUCCCAAUCAGACCUGUGAUAUGGCCCGAGCCCAGCGUUCUCCCAAUGUUCUCCUCUCCUCAUUCAGUUACCUCCAUGACAUACAGACUAGUGAUGAUGUCAAAGCCUGCCCAAGGUGUCAAGUAUUGAUUGUGAAGAUGGAUGAUGGCUCCUGCAAUCACAUGACCUGUAGUGUAUGUGGGGCAGAAUUCUGUUGGCUGUGUAUGAAGGAAAUCUCUGACCUGCAUUAUCUCAGCCCAUCAGGAUGUACGUUUUGGGGAAAAAAACCAUGGUCCAGGAAGAAGAAGAUCCUGUGGCAGUUGGGCACCCUUGUUGGUGCUCCUCUUGGCAUAGGGCUAGUGGCAGGUCUGGCUGUCCCUGCCAUGAUUAUCGGCAUUCCCAUUUGGGUUGGCCGUAAACUCCAUGCACGGUACUCCAUGGCCAACCCUCACCGUCGCAAUUUGGCUGUAGUGGGUGGAGUUACAGCUUCAGCUGUGAUAUCACCAGUGUUAGCGGGAUUAGCAGUGAGCAUUGGCGUGCCCAUUUUAUUGGCAUAUGUGUAUGGUGUUGUCCCCAUUUCCUUAUGUCGUUCUGGAGGAUGUGGUGUGACUACUUCAGCCUCGGGAGUCAGAAUAGCUUUUGAUGAUGAGAAUGACAUGGUUUUUGGCAUCCCAGGAAGACAGUCAGAAUCUGGUCAUGUUGGUGCAGGAACUGCCAGUAUUGGAGAGGUAUCAUGCGGUGCAUCUCUUUCUGCCGACUCUGCAGCCCAUGUGCUUGCCGAGAGUGACCGAGAGAGUGCCAGCAACACAGCCAUAGCCCCAGCUUCUCUUACUGGUUCCAUAGCUUCCUCGUGUAUAUCAAGAACAAACAGGUUGGAAGUUCAUGUAGACAUUGCCCAUGGUGCAAGAUCAACAGCUAGUGGAGAAACUGCCUCUUUAGCAAUAUCUGAGAGGUCAACACACACCGUAGACACAGAAAAUGCUUCUAUGCGAGGUCUUGCUGGAUCUUUGCUUCAGUACAAGGUUUCAGAGUCUGAGGCAGAAGAUCAUCUAGUAAUUGGUGGGGAUAGUGCUAGUGGAGUGCUAGAGGAAGGUGUUGGCAUUAGUCCACAUAUAACCAACCUUUACAUUCACUCCAUCCCACCCUCGGCAAGUGACGAUAAUUCUGCUGUAUUGGCAAGUGAUGCCACCCAUGAUCAAGGUUCUGCAGAUUUGCGAUUAGACAGUGUUAGUGCCAUAAUAACAGCAAGGCAGUUUUCCAGGCGCCACAGUUCAUCAAGUAAAGGCGUUACCUUUGUAGGAGACAAUCAUGAGACCAGUGACCAUAUAACCCUUACAUUAGAUGAUGAUGAUCAAGAUGAAGACACUUCGGGUUACCCUUAUGGGUAUGAGGAAAAUCGUGUAAAUUUUCACAGUGGAAUUCCUGUCGCAGAAAUACAUGCAGAUAGAGAAAAGGCCAUAAACUUGUUGAAAAAUCCUUGCACAAGAUCUUUACACAGAAGUGUUCUUUGUGGUAGUAGCUCUUCCGUAUUACCUUCAGUUCACCAAAGCAAGAGUCAGAAAAAGAGUAAAAGUAGCCACAGUAAACGUCGAGCAUCCAGUGCAGAAGGCAAAUCAAGGAAUUUUGACAGACCUGUAAGGUGUGAAUCCUUUCCCAAGCUGGAGAGUUAGUGAGUCUGUGAUAAUUGUAUUCUUCCUUUAUAUUGACUGAUUGGUAAGAUAAGAAAACAGUGACAGAUUGUGUGAUAUCCCAGAAGGGAAGCUUUACUUUAUAGUAUAAUAAGCACAAAGGGAAUAUAGUAUUGUUUUAAAUAUACAGAAAUUAGAAGCAAGACUUCCUUUUUACCAUGAUAGACACCACAGUACUAGACUUCAAAGUCACUUGAGGGAAAUGAAGCAAGAUGCUUCCUUCAUCCAUUACACAGGUAAAUUUCACACCACUGUCUUGUAUGUUAUUUUAUAUUUCAUUUGCUGCAUAAAAUUGUUUUGGCAUCCUAAGGACUGGAUAUAAAUUCUGGAAUAUUUUUAUUACCUUAAUUAGAAAAUUCUAUAUUCUCAGCAGCUUUUUUUUUUCUCUAAUUGUUUUCUAGAAAGCUUUCUCUCAUUAACACAUUGGUUUAACAAAGGAUUACAUACAAUAAUUUAUGGUGUGUUUUUGUAAGAAAUAUUUUUGUUGUAGGUACAGUAGCUGUUAAGGACACUGAACAGUUUUUAAACUCAAGCUGGAAACAGUUCUCAUUUCAAAAUUACCAUCGUAUAUAAUGAAGAAUAAUUAUUUUAAGGUACAGUUAGUUUUGUUGUGCAUUACUGCAACUUUUAUGUGAGAGAUCUGGGAAAAAUCUUUCAUUACAUUUUUUCAAGUAUACUGUUGUUUUCUAGAUAAUAUAACAUGUUCUGUAAAUUCAAUACCUGAAUGUGAUUAUUGUAUUGACCAGAAAACAUUAACCCACAUGGGACAGAGCACUACUUGAAUGCAAAUAUGAAAGUGAAUUUUUGUUGAGAAGUAAAGCUGUUUGUUUACACAUAAUGUAUUCUUUCUUUGUCUGAACUAUGCAACUAUAUUUUCCAUUAUGCACGACUUCCAUUAUCAUGGGAGUAUGACUUUCAGCGUAAAUUUGCAGUGUUGCAACUGUCAUCUACUUGAAUUAUGUAAGACUUGCAAUCUUAUAUAGGGAUACCCAUUAGCUUGCAAGCAGUUUUAAAGUAGGGUGAUCCCUUAUUAUUGUAACCACUUGAUAGAGGAAAAGUGUGAUUCACUGUUAAAACAUUUUAAUUAAUUUUUUGAAAAAAUUAGUAGUUAUUAUGAAUAUAUGAAGACUGCACCAAAAAUUCAAAGUUAUUUGCUUUUUUUCCCAAGCAGAAUUUAAAAAAAAAAAAGUAGUAUUUUGCAAGCAUAAACUAUAAUGCUCAAUUAUUAUGGACUAAAAGUUGCUGAUGUCAUUAAAGAAAUUUCAUUACAUAUUGUGUGGGGCAGGAUAAAUCAGUUCCUGUCAGUUUACACAUGAUACAGUCUGCAUUUAGAACUGCAUGAAAGGAUUAAUUCAGAAUUUGGUCAUACUUAACUCCAUGAAACAUUCCAGCCUCAGUGUUAAGUGGGUGUUAGAAAGUGUACAGUUUAAUGAUAGCUUUGGCAAAUAUUUGUACAUUUCUAGUCCUUGCUGAAUCACAAAGAUAGACUUUGUGUGGUUUCCUCAGUGUAUUAUAUGUGGUAAUGGGUGUUGCAAGUGUUCCAACAUUUGGUCCACGAAACUCGCUAGCUCAGUAACUGGUAGUGACACUUAUGCGGGGAAUUGGAGGCAGAUAUUGCUCAGUCAUUAAGGCACAAAUGAACUGUCCAUAGGUUAUUCUAUUCCAUACCAUAGCCUUAGAACAUUUGAUAUUUGAUUCUGAAGUAAAGAAUGCCAGUGUCUGCAGUACAGUAGUGUUGUAUAAACCAUGAGGCUGCUUCAUUGUAUUUAUACAGUUUUGUCAGGCAUAUUUUUUCAUAUCAGAUGUGUAAUAAAAACUUUUCAAGGCCAUCACCUAGAACCUGUAUUUGAUUAUAGUGUCUCCAGGCACAGUAUUUUGUUAUAGCAUUAAAAAUUGUUAGUAGUUUUUGACCUGACUUAAGGAGUGUUAAAAAAAAUUGAGACAGUAAAAUUCAACCUAGACUAGCAUUUCUUGGUGCUAACCUAAUCUGCACAUGGGAGAGUUGAGUGGCACUAUGACUUGUGAGCUCUUUCCCGUUUCUUGUCUUUCCCUUUGUUUUCCUUCAUUGCUGUCUCUUCUAUAGCUCCAUCUUUGUAACUGUCAGUUAAGGAAAUUGUAUUUACAAAUUGAACAUAGGUCGUGCCAGAUUAACAUGGUCAUCUGCAGGAAUUGUCAGUCAGUUCCAAGUUAACAGCUAUAGAUUACCUCAUUUAUCAGGGAGCACUGACUUCAUUUUCAACCUUUCCUUUAGUGCCAUAACAUUCUUACUGUCUGCCCUCUUUUCUGAAAGUCCCACCUUUAAUGUUUAUUCUCUGAUUGCAUAAUAGCUGGUUUAUUGCCUAUUUCUAAUUUCAGCCUCCAUUCCCUUUUACCAUGCAGCGUUGAAAGACCCUCGCGAGUUCAGUGUUUUAUAUGAAUGUAAUACAACCCCCCCCUUCCAUUUUUCCCCCUCCCCACUUGCAUAAUAUUCCAUUUAACAUGUUUUCUGGGUUAAACGAGUGAAUUUGUAGUGGCAAUAGAAGAUUAAAAAAAAAAAAAAAUUCAGGCACAUAUUAAAUGUGUAUGGAACAUAGAUACUGUCGGUAAAGCAUACAGUUAGCUUUCUAAAUUCUGAAGCUGCUUUGAUUCCUUGGUUUGUUUUAUGUAGACACAUUUUAUAUUGUAAAUGCAACACCACCAUGGAUUGAAUGAAAAAAUUGUCAGUGUAGACACCUACAUGAAGGCAUAACCCAUUUUUAAUUAUAAAAAAAAAUUUAUUAUUCAGUUUAUUAUAAAUCUAAGUACUAAACCCAAUAGGUCAUCAUCCAUUUUGACUUUUAUGAUUUAUUCAUAUGUAAACUGUUCUUAAAUUAUGUGUAAUUAUUGCAUUAUUAUUGCUGUGAAUGCCAUCAAAAUUGUGGUUACGAAGUAUGAGCUCCAUCCAGUUGCAUAUUUGGAUUGCUAAAAUAUGUAUACUAAAUUUAGUUAUUUAAUUUUACCAUUAGGAACCCUUAAACAUUUACACAUAUCCAUCACUCAUACAUAAUCACUGUCUUUGCAGAGGCACUCGGAUAUGACAGUUUAGACAUCCCUCCAAACUGCCAAUAUCCUAAACCCCUCCUUGAAAGUGCAGGCAUUGUACUUUCCAUUUCCAAGACUCGAGUCCGGCUAACCGGUUUCCCUGAAUCCCUUCACAAAACAUUACCUUGCUCACACUCCAACAGCUCGUCAGGUCCCAAAAAACAUUCGUCUAGAUUCACUAUAUAACACGCUCACGCACUCUUGCUGGAAGUCCAAGCCCCUCGCCCACAAAACCUCCUGUGCCCCCUCCCUCCAACCUUUUCAGGGACAACCCCUACCCUGCCUUCCUUCCCCAAUAGGUUUAUACAUUCUCCAAGUCAUUCUACUUUGUUCCAUUCUCUCUAAAUGACCAAACCACCUCAACAACCCUCUGACUAAUAGUUUUAGUAACUCCACAAUUCCAAAUUUCCACAUUAUAAAUUCUCUGCAUAUUUACAAUGUGCAUUGCCCCUAAACACAACAUCACUGCCUCUAGCCGCCUCCUCGCUGCAGCAUUUACAACCCAUAUUUCACACCCAUAUAAGAGUUGGUACCACUAUACACUCAUAGUCCCUUCUUUACCCCAUAGGUAACUUUCUUUGUCUCUACAGAUACCUCAAUGCACCAUUCACCUUUUUUCCUUCAUCAAUUCUGUGGUUUACUUCAUCCUUCAUAAACCCAUCCACUGACAAGUCAACUCCCAAAUGAAAACAUUCACUUUUUCCAUACUCCCUCCCUCCAGUGUGAUAUCCAGUUUUUCUUUAUCUAAAUCGUUUGAUACUCUCAUCACCUUACUCUUAUCUAUACUCACUUUCAACUUUGCCUUUUCACACCCUCCCAAACUCGUCCACUAACCUCUGCAAUUUUUCUUUAGAAUCCCCCAAAAGCACAGUAUCAUCAGCAACUCUCAUUUCGUAUUCGAUUCCCCAUAAUUUAAUAUGCCUGGCCAAUUUUUUGGUUUUGUAAUUGUUAUAAAUAAACCUGUAUUUAUUUGUAUACUUAAAAAGGUAGUGUUAAUUGCAAAUUUGUCAUGUUGCUAUUAAAUGUUGCCUUUAUUGUAAACAUUGUUCUUUGCAUAUCACUUUAGUCCAUAUUGAUCAGUUGAAGGCUUGUUUAAGGCAUAGGAGUGGGAUGCAAAUAUAGUAAUGCAUUUAAUAUGGAGAGGAAUAGAGAACACAAGUAGCAGUGUCUUAUUGAAUAUUAUGUAAUUAGUCUAUUUUUUUUUUUUUUGUUGCUUAAAUUCAGAUAGAAAGUUCUUAAUUCAUUAAUAAUUUGUCAUCCAUACUUCAAAAUUUAAUGAUAGUAAUUUGACUGAUAGAAAGAAUUUGGCAGUUAGUAUUGAUGCUAAAUUUUGAGAACACAAGUUUGUACUAAAACAUGUAUUGACAGUUCAGUUACUAACUUCAAACAGGAGUUAAAUGAAUAUGUAUGUAUCGUGUGAUAAAAUCACAACCCUAGACGCUGAAAAAUGGUCUUUUGUUACCAAAAAUUUAGUAUUAUUUUAUACUGAGAUUUUAUAAUUUAGCCUCAAGUGUGUGAAUGAAAUUGAGGAAUUUAGUGACUUGGAAUUAAUUACAUAAUAGCACAAAUAUAAUACCUAUUAAUUCUUGCCACUUUAUUUCCUUGAAGAGUUAAACGUCAGUGCUAGGGCAUUGAUAUUCAUCAAAAUUGUGGAAGGCAUUUUUACCAAACUGUGCCAUGUUAGUUGGUAUAGGCUAAAUGGAUUUUUUAUUACUAUACUUUAAAUAAUUUAUUCUUGUGGGUAUAACUAAAUAAAAAUAGGUCUUCACAUGAUGCCUAGCAAAUUUUAAGUUGGAUGAUUUUAAAACUAACAGUAUAAUUCUUUGUUGCAGCAAGAUGCAUAAACUUAAAUCAAAUUGUGGUCCUAUUCUACGAUGGUACAGCCCAAUAAACUAAUAAAAUUAAAAUUUUAUGUAGCUCCUCGACCUUGCUUUCAUUUGUUGUAUAAUCGUCCACAACUUAGUAUAAAUGCCAUUAAAAUCAUUGAUGUAAAUGAAGCUGAAUGUAGAAAUGUUGGCAGUAUUGCAUCAUGGGUGUUUAGUUUGCCUGAAUGUGGACAUUAUUUUUCAGAGAUCCACUUCAUAAAUCAGAUAAAUUUAUACUAAAUGUAUCUGAGCACAAGCUUUACAUGUAGUUUUGUUGUUCCUGUUUUUACAUUCAUGGGAAGUUUGUGGGGAGGGGGGGAUGGGAGAAGCACUAAAUCCACGGGGAUCAUGCAGCUCCUGGAGAGGGGAGGGGGGUAAUAUGGUCAGGUAAAAUUUUUGAUCAAGAGCUCCCAUUGAGGAACCUUCCUAGGGGUGUUGUCCCUAAAACAGUACACCAGAUACAGUUUUGAAAUGUUUGUCAAUAAGUUGCUUUAAAAUACUAUUGUAACAAAUCUUGGAACAUUAUUUGUUAAAAGAAAGAUUACUGACAUUUAGUGCAGUACUUAUGGUUCAGAGAAUGAUUCUUUUAUACGUACAUUUCUCUUUAGCCCUUUCCGCUUGGGUAAUGAUUUUUGAUGAAAUGGGCCAAUUGCCAAGUGUGUAAGAUUAAUAUGGAGAAAAAACGAUGUUAAUUUUAAGGCUUAAAAAAAAAAAACUUCGUAGUUUAUCUAUUUGGUAUAGGCAUAAAAGAUGUUGAAAUGACUGGUUCAGCCUUUAAAUGGAAUGGGUUAAAGGUUACAUACUGUAUUUGAUACAAGGUAAAGUUUUAUUUAUAAGAUACUUAUUGGUCUGACAUUUGAUGACUAUCAAAAUUGUUCUGCUGUCAAGAAACUGUAAAUAAUCACAUGUAAUGUAAAUUUGUCACAAUAAACAUUGUAUAAAAGAAA